GCGGGACUGUGGCGGGCAUUCUGACACUGGGGGGAACUGACCUGGUGUCAUUGACAUCUCUAGAGACACCAAUACAGUGAUGAACGCUAAUAAAAAGCACUGACACUGUACUAAUGGCACUGGGCAGGAAGGGGUUCACAUGUGGGGCGAUCAAAGGGUUAACUGUGUGCUGGUUAACUGUGUGCUGUGUGCUGUUUUACUGUGUAAGCACAUUGCUUUGUAUUGCUCUGCUAUGCAGCACCAUAGAAAGCAGUGUGCAGGAGCUGACAGGGGGGAUAUCUAUAUUGUUUACAUACAGACCACUCCCCCGUCAGUGAUACUCGAUGAUCGAUGGGCGCUGGUGGGGAAU